GGUUGGUCGAUGCGUCGAAGAUUCCUUUUGAAGUAUCCAUCACGCACAAUCUUACGCGCAAUGAUUUUAUUUGUCUAUCCAGAUUUUAACUUCUGAGGCACGUAGGUAUGGUCCUGCUAAUUGUUGAGGCUGGUCAGCUUGUAGAACAAGAGUUACUUCAUCAAGCGAAAACAAAAGUAGAGGGUCAUAGCCUUCCGGGACAAUGAGGGAGCUGUCGUGGCUGCCGAUUCACUCAUAUAUUUUUUAGGGCUGGACGGUGCCCCCCCCCUCCUGUGGUCUGGUCUGUGGUGGCGCGCCCGCGCUUUUCCGCGCUGGUUUUCGCGGAUUCUAGUGGUGAAAGGCGUCAGAGCUUGGCGCAGGCGGUCCCUUGCGCCUCUCGGCGUGUUCCGCAGGGACCUCCUGGCCUCUGCUGACCCUCGCAGGCAGGAGGCCGCCGGGGUAAGAGGCCGCCGAAGGCGGCCACGGUCGCAGGAGCUAGCAAGCCGAUGACCAAGGGCCCGGAGGGUACAGGCUGCACGGGUCAGGGGGUCCAGCGCCUCGCUUUUUGCCGCCUUCGGCGGCCCUCUAGUGCCGGCGCCUUGCUGCGGCGGCGAAGCAUAUCGGAGGCACUUAGGGCACAGGCACGCACCUGGAAGGGGGGCGCAAGCGGUCCCAUGGUUGGGCCCCUUUGGAGGCCUUCCACCUACGUCGGAGGCCUCUAGGGGAAAGCCAAGCACUUGGAAGGAAGCGGAGGCGGCCCCUUGGGCCCCUCUUGAGGCCUUCCACCUACGUCGGCGGCCCUCUAGGGGAAAGCCAAGCACCUGGAAGGGAGCGAGGGCGGCCCCUUGGGCCCCUCUCGAGGCCUUGCUCCCACCUACGUCGGAGGCCUCGGGGGGAAAGCCAAGCACCUGGAAGGGAGCGGGGGCGGCCACUUGGCCCCCUUUUGCGGCCUUCCAUCCCCGGCUACGGGGGGGGGUGCCGUAGCUUCAAGCUUUGGAGCAUAUAUGACGCAGGGUUGGACGCCUCCCCCUUCCCCUCCCCCUGUGGUCUGGUCUGUGGUGGCGCGCGCGCGCUUUUCCGCGCGGGUUUUUCGCGGAAGGCGUCAAAACUUGGCGCAGGCCUCCCCUUGGGCCUCUCCGCGUGUUCUUGAGGGACCUCCUGGCCUCUGCUGACCCUCGCAGGCGGGAGGCGGCCUCCGGGGUAAAAGGCCGCCGAAGGCGGCCACGGUCGCAAGAGCAAGCAAUCUGAUGACCAAGGGCCCGGAGGGUACAGGCGACACGGCUCAGGGGGUCCAGCCCCUCGCCUUUUGCCGCCUUCGGAGGCCUUCCGCUGCCGGCGCGCUGGUGCUGCGGCGGUGAAGCUUCACGGAUGCACUGAGGACACAGGCAGGCACCUGGACGGCGGCGCAGGCGGUCCCUUGGGCCCCUUUGGAAGCCUCCCACCAUCAUCGGAGGCCUUGCCAGCCAGGCAGCUGGAAGGGAGCGGACGGGGGAAGCCACGGGGCUCCCUUUUGCGGCCUUCUGCCCCCGGCUGACGCCUUAAAAAGGGGGCCAGGGCGCCCGCCCCCCCCCGCUAGAGGGGGUCGCCGCCGCGCGCCCUGGCACAUAUAUACAACUUAGAUAUUAUCUAUGUUCUUCAUCAUAAGACAUAGACAAAGCGGCUUCUUCAGGGUUGAGUGAUUUCAUUCGACUUAUCGUUAUCAGUGGUGGGGGACCGCGGUGGAAGCUGCGUCUAUGGCAUUAGCUUUCCUCCGUAGCGUACUGGGGGGAUCAUCAUCGAAAGAGACACAGCCAUAGGGUAAGCACUUGUGUGUCGUAAAAAGCGCCUGGCUGAUAAUUGAGGGAGUGCGCAAGUUUACAGUUGAAACAAGACCACACGAGUUCGGAUACACAACAGAAAUGGCAUUGGCUGGGCGGCUGAAUAUUAACUGGGCCAGCCACAGGAUUACUGAGGUCGAGCGCGUGUGGAUUGUGAGAAAUCGUCCUAGUCUAACCAUUGCAACGGAGUUAGGGUUUGGGGGAGCUUUGAACCUUGGCGGCCAAGUAAAUGCAAGCAGAGUCUGCUCACAGCACGGGAUAAAAAUUUCUUGUCUGAGAAGUCCCUGAUCUAUGGCUAUCAUGAAGAGACGUUGACUCAUAUGCGCACUGUUAAUCAAUGGCGUGCCUCUUCUUCGAUAUAUGUCAGAAUAUAUAUACAGAACAGUUUAUAACACGAAUGGCGGUUGGCACGGUUGGCACGAAUGACACGGUUGGAACAACCCAACGAAGCCAGAAAGUGCCACGAAUGGCGCGGUUGGCGUUGGCACAAGCGGACAGGGAUGGGGAUUCGAAGGGCUGCAAUUCUACGGAAAGCUCCCCUGCCAUUUUCAAGAUGGUAAGGGAGCUAGCCAAACAAAGCCGACUUAGCUGCUCUCUAAAGAGUGCGGGCCCUACCCUAGUGCGGCUGACCGUCGGAGGGCUGGCUUCUUUCUUGGAACUACCGCGCGGGCCACGCAAAUUCUCGCGGACUUGCAUGACCCCCGCGGAAUUCCACGAGAGGAAUGCUGCGACGAGGCGGGUGAUUUAGCACGCGGCCUCCGCCCUAGGGUGCUCAGCUGAUCCACCGCGCCGCCGCCGUGGGAGAGCGGCGACGGAGGUGGGCCGUGUGAAACGCAACGCCGUGGAGGGUGUGGCAGAUUGGUCGCAGGGCGCCCGAGUGGGAUUCCCAAAGUAUGUGCGCAGCAUUCGGAGCGAGCGAUAACGCCGCGGGGAAGGUACCGCUUAAAAACGCAGGGCGCCCGAAGGGCGCCCCGCUCUCGAAGGUCUGAAAGGUCCACGAAUGGCACGAAUGGCGGAGCGCAUUGAAGCCCCGGAUUGGAUGCCUGCCAUUCGUUCCAACCGUUCCAUUCGUGCCAUGCCAACCGGCCCCCGGCAGCCUUAUAAACUGUUCUGAUUAUAAUACAUAGAAACGAUGAUGGAUGCGAGAAGGAUCGCGUUCUUGUGUGAGCCCAAGAUGGCGAGAAUGAGCAUCAUGGGUGGAUAUACAUAGAAAUCGGCAUCAUAAGUAGUUUCACAACAACACCUAUGCUGAAUGAUUCUACUAUUUGAAUAGACUGAUACGCAAUGACCUCUGACUGUUCGGUUGUUCAAUUCGUUAUAUUUGUUUUAUUCGUCAUUACCAUUAGAGUGCCCUACAACAAAUAGAAAUACUCAACAUGCACUUCACUAAGCUCCCGCAAGUAUGUUUCGUGGCUAGUUUUUAGGAUGAAAGAAUGAAUCAUGACAGACGCACGCACAGAAGAACAAUGGAUGAGGACCCACGACCAUAUCCUUUUGCUCUAAUACAAAGGCAAUGAUAAGGCAAUUCCGAACGACGAGUCCCUUUGUCUCUGUGGAGAGCGG